ACGGAAACGGUUUGACGUGUGACCCAGUCGUCUCGAACCCAACCUACUACUUGCGCGUAUGAUUAAAGAAACACCUACUUGCGCGUCUGUCUCUCUGUCAUCUCUCUCUCUCUCUCUUCCCCCUGAAUCUCCGCAUCCCUAACUCCCCGCCGCACGGCCCGAUUCCGAUGGACGCCCCACCGAUCUACCGCCUCCCGCAAGACACCCUCCACCAGAUCUUCGCCCACCUCCCCCUCCGCCAGCUCAUCACCCUCCGGUCCGUCUCCAAGCUCUUCCACCAAACCCUAACCUCCCCUUCCUUCACCCACCUCCUCUCCCACCCUCUCUCUCUCCUCGCCCUCCGCCCUUCUCUCUCGUCCCCCUCCCCCUCCCUCCUCGCCUUCGACCCCGACCAGCACCAAUGGCUCACCUUCCCCCUCUCCUUCCUCCUCCCCCACUUCCCCUCCCCCACCCCUGUCGCCUCCUCCGACGGCCUCGUCUACCUCUGGUCCCACUCCACCCUCAUCGCCUGCAACCCCCUCACCCGCCACUUCAAACCCCUCCCCCAGCUCGGCUCCGCCUGGUCCCGCCACGGCUCCGUCUUGGUCUCCCCUCCUAACCGUGUCCUCGUCCUCAGUGAACUAGCUGCGCUCUACUACUCCGGCGAUGAUAACAACGGUUGGGUCAACUUCUCGUCGAAUUUGCCGGCCAAGCCGCGGAGCCCGAUCCUGAUAAACGACAAGGUGUUGGCCCUGUGCGACGUGGGCUCGCCGUGGAGGAGCCAGUGGAAGCUGUUCUCGUGCACGCUGUCGACGCUCCAGGCGUCGCAGUUCUGGUCGAGGCUGGAGAAGCACGAGUGGGGGGACGUGUUUGAUAUCUUGAAACGGCCGAGGUUGGUGAAGGGGGUGGGGAACAGGGUGCUGAUGAUCGGGGGGCUGAGAUCUUCGUUCUCGCUGAACGCGUCGUGCUCGACGAUCUUGAUCCUCAGGCUGGAUUUGGAGACGAUGGAGUGGGCGGAGGCGGGGCGGAUGCCCGGGGAGAUGUUCAGGAGGGGGUUUGCGGAUUCAAGCAAGUUUAAGGUGUUUGGUGGUGGGAACAGGGUUUGUUUCUCGGCCAAGAGGGUCGGGGGGAGGCUGGCGUUGUGGGAUUAUGUGGAGGAAGCCGGGAAGGGGGAGUGGAGGUGGAUUGAUGGCGUGCCGGGCUGUGGGGACAGCCUUUGCCGGGGUUUCGCGUUUGAAGCUAGGCUUACAGCGUUACCGUGAUGGAGGAUUCGUUAAUGGGGUAACUCCCUGGUUUUCAACUACUAUGUUGAAUUUGUAUGUUUGCGUGUUUCUCUUUGUUGUAUGCUUUGUUGUUGCAUUGAUAGCUCAAGUGAACAAUCAUUGUGGUGUUUAUGCUGUAUCCAUUGCGAUUUGGCUAAAUAAAAUGGGCGUUAAUAGCAUUGUGAUGAUCGUAUUUGUAUGUCAAAAUAUUCAGAAUAUGCAUUUGUCCCCCUUCUCCUUCUAGGCAAUACUU